UUUUUGUUUUGUUGCAAAAAAAAGUCUCACGUGUUUCAACUUUCCGUUGUUAAAUUUCGAGUAUUUAUUAUUUCUUUGGACGUUAUCGUGUUAGAUCAUGUCAACAGGUGCACUUGAGGACAUGUACGAAAUAGAAAGAGUACUUUCGUGGAUUCAAGAACUGGAUUUGAAAAAAAUUGCUUUACAGUUCCCAGACGAACUGCUAAAAGAUGCUCCUGAUGUAGCACUUAAAAUAGAGUUGUCUUCCAAAAUCGAAGUCCACAUUCUAGGCGAUACCUCCUAUGGCAGUUGUUGUGCGGAUGUUCAGGCUGCCUCCUGUCUUGGUGCACAGGGUCUUAUACAUUUUGGACCAGCAUGUCUAUCUCAGCAAGAAAAACUACCAGUCCUGUACAUUUUUGAAAAGGUUGUCAUUGAAGUCAACCCAUUCCUUACUGCAAUUGCCACUGUUCUCCCAGAACAGGAAAAUUAUAUAAUUGCUUCUGAUCUUAAAUAUAAUCAGUCUACAGAAAGAAUAGUGACUGAACUAUUGGCACUCAAGAAAACUGUGUUGUAUCUCGAACCAAAUGUUGUUUCCCAACGUCUGCCAUCAACAGAACAUUUAACAGUAUCGGGACGUUCGUGCCAUCAGUUACUCCCACCCCAAACCCCACUGGAAAACUUUGUAGUGGUGUAUAUUGGAGAAGAAGGACUAACAUUGACAAAUCUUAUGUUCGUCCUUAACAAGUGCACGUUCUAUACUUACAAUCCUAUCGAUAGCUCUUUAAAAAAAGAGUGCUUCAACGUGAAUCAACAACUGCGAAGACGCUACUUCCUGACACAGAAAGCCAAAGAUGCGCAAUUAGUUGGUAUCCUUGUGGCUACGCUAGGUGUGGCUGAUCAUUUAAAGAUAAUCGAACACAUAAAAGUACUUGCCAAAAAUGAAGGGAAAAAAUGUUACACGUUCGUCGUAGGAAAGUUGAAUCCAAACAAGUUAGCCAAUUUUCCAGAAAUUGAUGUUUUUGUCGCAGUCGCAUGUCCGGAGAAUUCACUAAUAAAUGAUAAAGAGUUUUAUCGACCAGUCAUCACACCAUACGAAUUUGAGGUUGCCGUUAACAGUGCACGCUCUUGGACUGGAGAUUACAUUACAGAUUUCAGGCAACUUCUCCCAGAUGGGGGUGGUUUCGUACCACUCGAAAGCGUUCAUAGAGAGCAAGAAACAGAUGUUUCGCUCAUCUCAGGACAAUUAAAUCGUGUUGGGUUGGACUGUAAUGAAGAAAGUGUCUCCAAUAGCUCUGGAGAUAUUUGUCUCAGGGAUCAGAAUCAAAGCGUACUUCCCGUCGGUAGUGCAUUCCUGAAGCAGCGUGAAUGGAGCGGUCUUGAGCCUCACGUUGGCGAAACCCCAGUUAGGAUUGCUCACCUAGGAAGAAAAGGAUUGGCUGCCAGCUAUAGUGGUGAAGGCGAAAAGGUUAUUAAUCAAGACAACACUCUGGAUAAAUCUGAAGUGCCACAAUGAAAUGUAACUAAUCAUGGAUUGUACAGAUUUUCUAAGCUAAAUCUAAUUGAUCCUAUACAUGUUGAUUUUUUACAUGA